UCUUCAUAGUUUUAAUUAUUUAGAUGUCGCUGUGAUUGUUAAAAUGGCGACUGUUCGAUACGAUAGUAUGACAUAAAUGAAAUGAUAGAAUGUGAUGGAUGCUAAUAUCUUAAAUCGAUACAGAUUUAAAUAUUUGUGUUCUUUGUAACUCAUUACAAUGAAUUAAUAUCAGCAAUGGGAGAUCUGUUUGAUAUUGCAAAUUUAAUUACAACUGUCGGUGUUGAUAGAAUAAAAAUUAAGCCGGAACCCGGACUGCCAGAAAAAUCUUCAAAUGAAAUUUUAACAGAGUUGUUUAGCACAUUUGAUGCUGAAGAAGAAAUAGUGUCAUCAGAAAAUACUGAUCAGCAAGUUCCAAAUGCAAGUGUUAAAAUUGAGAAACCUAUUAAAUCUCAGGUCAAGAAAAAAAAAACUAAGAGGAAACAUAAGCACAAAGACAAAAAACAUAAAAAAAAGUCAAAGCGAAAUUCUUCUGAGAGUAACAGUGAUCUUGAAAAUAUUAAAAAGAAAAGAAAGCAUAGAAAGAAAACAAAACGGAGACAUGAAGAUGAUUCAAGUAAGUCGUCAGAUUCAGAUGAACCCAAAAGUAAAAUAUCAAAACUUGAUACAUGCAACAAUAUGAAAAAGAAAGGUUAUAAUAAAGAUAAUGGACUAGGAAAAGAAGAUGUAGAUGGAUCAGAAAGUUUUGAGAAAUUAAUAAUUAAAAAAAAUCCAAAAUUAGAAAAUAUGUUUACAAAGGAACCCGAUAGUCCUCAAUUGCCACCUAUUUCAAAAAAAAUUGAAGAUGAUCCUGAAGAGCAAUUAAUAUCUAAAGUUCUUGAAAAACCAAAGCAAGGACAUCAAGGGAAAAUAUUGAUAAAAGAUCUUAAAAAUAGUAUAGUUUAUAAUGAUACAGUUAGAGAAAUAGAAAAUAAAGAAAAGGAAAAGGCAGCUCGAAUGGAAGAUGGUGAAUUAUCUGAUAGUAGUACAGAUAAUAGAACUCCAACAUUAAGUCCUAGUCCAAUUCGUUGUACUUCAUUUAGAUCAUCAACUUUGAGUCCAACUUUAGAAAAGGUAGAAAACAGAGCCCCAUUGAGUCCUGUAAAAGGAGAAGUAACAGCAAGAAAUGAUUUAAGAUUAAUUUUGAGGGAGAAAGAAAAGAAAAGAUUAGGAGAUGUGGACAAAAGAUCAGAAGGAAUAGAAAAAUCAAAAUUGUAUAUGGAUAAUGAAUACAAAGAAAAAGCAUAUAAUUAUAACAGCAAAAUUACAAUAAACAAAGAUAGCAAGCACACCCAUAAUUGCCAUUCUCAAGAGAGAAGAAGAUCUGAAUCUCGUACACGUGUGAGUUUACGUAGAAGUAAAAGUAGAGAAAGGGAUAAACGAAGAGAUAAAAGUAGAGAUAGAUACAACAAAAGUCGAAGUAGUGAUCAACGAGAAUCUUUGAAAUGUAGACAGCGACGAAGACAUAGAAGCCGCAGUGAUGAUAGAAGCAGAGAUAAAUAUGUACGAGGACGAAGUAGAAGUAGAGAACGAAAGGAACGGAUAGAAAUUGAUAAAAAGAAAUUGUUAGAAAUAGCAAGAAGAAAUGCAAUAAACAUGAUUAAACAAGGUACAUUACCAUUGGUACAACAAGAUAAAGCUAUUGCUGCAAUACAAGCUGGAGGGAAAACUGUGGAUGAACUCACAGACUUCUGCAAGUCAUUAUCAAAAUCUGAGGCAUUAGGAGAACUUUCAAGUAUCUCUUCAGAAGAAGAUGGAAGUGAAUCUGAAAAAGGUUUUCAUCAUCCUUUUUUACUAAAGGGUCGACCUAGUUCUAUUAUCAUGAAUAUUAAGGAUGCAAAGCAAUUACCAACCAAAACAUUCCAAGAAAAAACAAUAGAAUCAUCAAAUCAAUUACGUUUACAAUUUCCUGUGUCAAGUGGACAACAUCAUAGAAAAAGUGAAAAUGAAUGGAUACCAGUUGCCCCAAAGAAGCCAGAAACGAAAAAACAAUUUAUACCAGCUACUGUCCCAACUGAAUCUUUUCCUAUAACACCUCCGACUACAUCCAUAUAUCCAGUGCAAUCGGCAGUUUUUUCUCACUCGAUAGCAACAGAGCCAAUAGAUAUUGGUUCAAUAGUAUCUCAAAGAUUAGCAGCAAUGAGAAAAUUAAGAGAAAAUCCAAAUGAUGUAUGUGCUCAAAAUGAAAUGUAUAGAGCACAAAAUGAGAUGAAAACAUGGGCUGAGAGUAAACAAAUGCCAGGUCAAUUUACUGGGAGUACAGGAGCCAAAGUACUUUCACCUGCAGAGCUUACUUCAGGUUAUCAAGCCUGGGCUCGUAAGGACCAAUUAGUAUCAGCACAGCCUGUUUCGGGUGGGAUGGGUAUGGCUUUACUACAGAAGAUGGGUUGGCGACCAGGGGAGGGUUUGGGAAAAAAUAAAGAAGGUACUCUUGAGCCCUUGCAGCUUGAAGUAAAAUUGGAUAAACGAGGACUUGUUUCUGAGCAAGACAUCGGACAAAAAAUAGGGAAAGCAACCAAACCACUAGUACCAGCAAUCAAAACUUUAGAAGGUAAACAUCCAGUAUCAUUAUUAGGCGAAUAUUGUUCAAAACGAAAACUUGGUGCACCAGUUUAUGAAUUAUGUUUUGAAUGUGGACCAGAUCAUAGAAAAAAUUUCCUGUUUAAAGUAAAAGUAAAUGGAAUUGAAUACAAACCAAGUGUUGCGAGUCCAAACAAGAAACAAGCUAAGGCAGAAGCAGCACAGAUUUGUUUACAAACAUUAGGAUUGUUACCUGAGCCUAAUUCUAUGCCUAUUACAAAAUCUUGAAAGUAAAUCAAUAAUUUUAUUAAAGUAUAAGUAACAAUGUAUAAAAAUUGUAAAUUUAAAAGUAUAA